CGGGGUGCCCCCUACUCUCCGUUAUGUCGAGUUUGUGCCCAAGAUCGGAAACAGAUAUCGGCUUAGGUGUUUAAAACAUAUUAAACCGCCAAAUUCCAGCAUCUGGUAGUUUCAGGAAGUAGUUUGCUGCUUUGUUUGAGUGACAGCUGUGCUGUGGUGACAGCCCAUACCGGGACGGCAGCCCGCAGAGCCGAACCGAUACUCAAGAUGGCAGGUCUAUCUUUAUAUUUUGAAGAUGGCCAUGAUGAUAUGGAUGACUUUGGAUUUGAUGACUAUGCUUCGGAGUGUGACGGCAUCCGCAUCACAGCCUUUCUGGAUGCAGGCCAAGACAACCUAACUCCUCUUGCAAAGUUAGAGAAGUAUGCAUUCAGUGAGAAUGUCUUCAACAGGCAGAUUGUGGCUCGUGGCCUGCUUGAUGUGCUUCGAGAGUUCAGCGAGAAUGAAAAUGACUUUAUCAGUGUCAUGGAGACAGUUGCCAGAAUGUCAGAGGAUGGAGAACCUACGGUGCGAGCAGAACUAAUGGAGCAGGUCCCCAACAUUGCCAUGUUUUUACACGAGAGUCGACCCAACUUCCCAGCAGCUUUCUCAAGAUACUUGGUACCAAUUGUGGUCCGAUAUCUCAUUGAUCCAAAUAACCAGGUGCGCAAGACCAGUCAGGCAGCACUGCUUGUUCUGCUGGAGCAGGGACUCAUCUCUAAAGCUGACAUGGAGACAAAAGUUUGUCCAGUUCUGCUGGACCUCACAGAACCCAGCAGCGAUGACGACUACAAAAUAGAGGCAGUUGCUAUAAUGUGUAAAGUUGUCACCAUGUUAGGCAAAGACACAGUGGAGCAUCUUUUGCUGCCACGUUUCUGUGACCUGUGCAGUGAUUCCAGACUCUUCCAAGUCCGCAAGGUCUGUGCUGCCAAUUUUGGAGAAUUUUGUUCUAUUGUGGGUCAGGAAGCGACAGAAAAACAACUGAUCUCCAAGUUCUUCGAUCUGUGCUCAGACAGCCUGUGGGGCAUCAGGAAAGCCUGCGCCGAGUGCUUCAUGAUGGUCUCCAAUUCCACCUCUCCAGAGGUGCGACGCACAAAGCUGUCCCCCCUGUUCAUCAGUCUCAUCAGUGACCAGUCUCGCUGGGUGCGCCAAGCUGCCUUUCAAUCUCUGGGACGAUUCAUCUCCACUUUUGCAAAUCCCUCGAGCACAGGCUUGCAUUUCAGAGAGGAUGGCGCCUUAUUAGAGGUCCCGAAGUGCACAUCAGAUAACAACUGCUCCUUGAACUCCCUAAACUGCUCCAACAACAGCAGCUAUCACACAGAAAGAAGCAUCACCCACACGCCUCCAAACCAGGAUGGCCGUGCAACACCGUCCCCAGAGCAUGACAGUGAAGACAAGCACAGCUUCGAUGACAGCCACACGCCUGUUUCUGGAGUGGUGCAUAAUAGCUCCACCCACAUUGUGCACAGUUUAGACAGCCCCAUGAUUAGGAUUGAAACGAAAGAACCAGAGCAGACUGAUGAGAACUUUAAUUCCUUUCACUACUGGAGGUCCCCGUUACCAGACAUCAGUGGCGAACUGGAAAUGCUAAGUAGUCAAACAUCAGAGAAAGAGACUGAGACAGAGAAAGAGGAGGAACCUGAGCAAAGCUGUCCUGACUCCAAAUCCAGCCAUGGGAAAGCUACCAGCGACCAGAUCCAAAUGGUUUUGGACCGGUUGCAACCACACAUGGAUGACCCUGAUGUACAAGCUCAAGUCCAAGUACUUUCAGCAGCUCUCAAAGCAGCCAAACUUGACAGUCCAACAGACAGCAGCCCAACAGACAACAGCCCAACUGAAUCCCUGCCAGAGACGCAGCCUGAGAAUAGUGAAGAGAAGCCGUUUCUGGAGAGCAGUUCUGUCCAGGUUCAGUCAGAGAGUGAGGAAAGUUCCACUGAAGAGGAGCAAACAUCGGCACCUCCUCUGGCCCCAGACUCGAGCCCCAUCCAGGAGCAAGGAAAUGAAGAGACUCAGACAGAAUCCCUGGAAGACGAGUCUCCCCCUGACUCCCCUGUUUUAGAGUCGGAACUGAUUGAGGGCAUGGAUGAGGAGGAAAAGGAUGAUUUCGCUCACAGCCCAGUUUCUGAAGAUAAGCCUAAGAUUCAGAAUGUCAUCCCUCAGCAGCUGUUGGACCAGUACCUCUCUAUGACCGAUCCGGCCCGUGCCCAGACAGUGGAUACAGAAAUAGCUAAACACUGUGCCUUCAGCCUGCCAGGCGUUGCACUUACUCUGGGACGACAGAACUGGCACUGCCUCAAGGACACAUAUGAAACCCUUGCUACAGAUGUCCAGUGGAAGGUCCGGCGUACACUGGCAUUCUCUAUCCACGAACUAGCAGUUAUCCUGGGAGACCAGCUCACAGCAGCUGAUCUGGUGCCCAUCUUCAAUGGUUUCCUCAAAGACUUGGAUGAGGUCCGCAUUGGUGUGCUCAAACAUCUCUAUGACUUCCUCAAGCUGUUGCACGCUGACAAGAGGAGAGAAUAUUUGUACCAGCUGCAGGAAUUCAUGCUGACUGAUAACAGCCGCAACUGGAGGUUCAGAUACGAGCUGGCAGAGCAGUUGAUACUGAUCAUUGAGCUGUACAGCCACUACGAUGUGUACGACUACCUCAGACAGAUUGCGCUCACACUUUGCUCCGAUAAAGUCUCAGAGGUCAGGUGGAUCUCGUACAAGCUGGUCGUAGAGAUCCUCCAGAAAUUGUACGCAUGCGGUGCUGAUGAUCUGGGCCUGAACUUCAUUAAUGAGCUCACUAUCAGGUUCUGCCAGUGUCCAAAGUGGGUGGGACGGCAGGCCUUUGCUUUCAUCUGCCAGGCCAUAGUAGAGGAGGACUGUAUGCCCAUGGAGCAGUUCAGCCAACACCUGCUGCCCAGCCUGCUCAGCCUCUCUUCCGACCCGGUGGCUAAUGUUCGUGUAUUGGUUGCCAAGGCUUUACGGCAGAGUGUGAUGGAGAAAGCGUUCUUCAAGGAGCCAGGCUGUGCCUACUCUGAUGAGCUGGAAGAGACCGUCAUGGCUCUGCAGUCGGACAAGGACCGAGACGUGCGCUUCUUUGCUACCCUGGACCCCAACAAAGGCCUGAUGGACACGGCUCCCUUGAUCUAGCCUCAGCUCCCAACUUUUGUUACAGCUCACCUGCCUGUCUAAUUACCUGUCUGUCUGACUGAUGCACAGUCAGUGUAAUCUGCAACACCAGCACCUGACCAGAACCCUAACCACUUGCCUGCUGAGCGGACCUGCACCAACUACCACUUGAGCAUCGUGUAAGGUUACAAAACAGGAAAGUGUGAGCAUGCUCAAACAAACAACCCAGUCUCUGGUUGGGCACUACAUAGAGAACAUAACUUCAGUAUGUGCGUAAUUCUGAGUUUUCAUCGAAUGAGCCGGACUCAUGUCACCUGCACCACUUGUGGAAGCUGCCGUGUUUUCAUUUGAACAUUUUCCCGCCUCCUCCACACUAACGACAAAGACUGUCCUUCCCCAACUACCUUGUAAAACUUAACGGGCUCUCUGUCCAAAGCUAAUUGUAAGCUUGAUAUAAAAUUGCUGAAUUUAUUUUUA